AUGUGGCGCAAGUUGGCCAGAUUGAGGAGCAACGUGCAAAACAUUGGGAAAAGCCCACGAGUAGCUGAUGAAAGCAUGUUUGGAGGCAUGAAUGGAGCUGAAUUUCCGAUCCUUGUUCGUGAUAUGAACAGAACACAAAGGUUGAAUCGUCUUUCGGUUCUAUUCAGAAUUGUUCUUGCACCAUUUUCAAUACUUUCUUGCUUCUCAUCACAACCUCAUGUCAAUGGUGCUGAUGGUCUCUGGGUGACUGGUGAGUUUGCGCAAUUAUCAGAGAUGAAUCAUCUCAUGGUAAAUGACAGCAUGCGCUAUGCAAUCUUGAUGUAG